AGUUGGCAGCACUGCGAAAACUAUACUCACUACGUCUACGCUUUUCAAUUUACCUAUUUUCCAAAUUCUUAUGCUUUCGCAUAUUAUACUGUUAUAGUUGCAGCAUGUAGCGUCGUGCUGAAAGAAGAACACUAGUGUCAAAAUGCAAGAAGUGGGCAUAGCAUUGCCCAAAACGCGAGGCGUAGGCGUGGGCAUAGUGGGCGCAUUAUUAUUAUUUUUCAUAUUCUACUACUUUUAUGGUGGUUACAUGACGCUGACGCUAUUCGCAGCCAUUCUAUUACUGAUUUUCUACAAUGCACAAGACUUGCUGCUGUAUCAUCCCGACUUGCCGUCAAAUUCACGCAUUUAUAUACCCAUACCAACAAUGCAUAAUCUGCCCAAUCUAACUGUUAGUAUUAAAACAUCAGACAAUGUGACGCUGCAUGCUUUCUGGAUAAGACAGCCGGAAGAACGCUGCAAAUCAGUGCCAACUUUACUCUACUUCCAUGGCAAUGCUGGCAAUAUGGGUCACCGCAUGCAAAAUGUUUGGGGCAUCUUUCAUCAUUUGCACUGUAAUAUAUUAAUGGUGGAGUAUCGUGGCUAUGGCCUCUCCACUGGCGUGCCCUCAGAGCGUGGUUUAGUCACCGAUGCGCGCGCUGCUAUUGACUAUUUGCUAACACGCCACGAUCUGGAUCACAAUCAACUAAUACUAUUUGGUCGCUCACUGGGUGGUGCGGUUGUUAUCGAUGUGGCCGCCGACACCGUUUAUGGCCAGAAGCUAAUGUGUACCAUUGUGGAAAAUACAUUCACCAGCAUACGUGAAAUGGCUGUGGAACUAGUGCAUCCAUCUGUGAAAUAUAUACCAAAUCUAUUGUACAAAAAUAAGUAUCAUUCUCUCAGCAAGAUAGCCAAGACUUCGGUGCCUUUUCUCUUCAUAUCGGGUCUAGCUGAUAAUCUUGUACCACCGCGCAUGAUGCGUGCCUUGUAUACGCAAUGUGGCAGUGAGCAGAAGCGUAUGAUUGAAUUCCCUGGCGGUUCACAUAACGACACCUGGAUUGUAGAUGGUUAUUACCAAGGGAUUGGUAACUUUUUGCUAGAGUUGCAAGAGCAGCCAACGCCGCUUCAACAACCGCCAGAGAAGAGCAACAUUUGGGUAGAGUUGGAGCAUAAGAUAAUUGACGUUUAGCUCUAAAUCUUAAACACAAACGUGUGUUCUAUUGACUGUGUUAACACUGCGUAUGGUAUACUAAUCAUACACAUACAUCGUAUAUUGUCUCGUUUUAUUUCACUAAACCAAAAUUUGAGUGCAUUAGUUUAAGCCAUUUUAGGCGCUUGUAGUUAGUUUUAUGGAGCAGCAUUGCAGCUGUUUCCAGAUUUUAAACAUAUUAAUAACUUAUGCUAGUUUAAUUGUUAACAAGAUAUGAAGAGUAUUAGCUUUAGCUAAGCCUUAAAACUAAAUCAGGUUCCGCUAAUACAAACUACAAAUAAUACAAUAAACGCUGAAUUCUAUUGAAA